AUGGCCGGGCGGGGAUGGCGGGCCAGCAUCCUGGCUGUCUCACCCACACUGCUGCCCCCGCUCCGGAGGGCUUGCGCUGUCCCUGAGCGAAGGCUGCCGGUGUUGCCACAAACUUUACGGGGCCGCGUGGCUGCCAGAGUUAGUGCUUGGUCUCUUAUGAGCGGCGGUGGGGACCUCGGCGUGGCUAUGUAUCGGUGCUCAAGGAGGUGGUUGAAUCCCUUAUUUAUUAUCGGCCAUAAACGGAAGCUUGAAGAAGAUGAUAUGUAUAAAGUGAUGCCAGAAGAUUCCUCAGAGAAGCUUGGAGAGGAACUGCAGUGGUACUGGGAUAAAGAGGUGCAAAAAGCAAAAAAGAGAGGAAAAACACCACAUUUAACAAAAGCCAUUAUUCUGUGUUACUGGAAAUCCUAUUUAGUUUUUGGAAUUUACACAAUGAUUGAGGAAACCCUCAAAAUAGUUCAACCAAUUUUUUUGGGAAAUAUUAUUAGUUUUUUUGAAAACUAUGAUGCCUCAUCUUUGAAUGUUGCAUAUUGCUACGCAGGUGCUCUGUCUGUGUGCACGCUCAUUCUGGCUAUAAUGCACCACUUAUACUUCUAUCAUGUACAGCGGGCUGGCAUGAAGCUGCGGGUGGCGAUGUGCCACAUGAUUUAUCGCAAGGCACUUCGUCUCAGUAAUGCAGCUAUGGCGAAAACUACCACUGGCCAAAUAGUGAACCUGCUGUCCAACGAUGUGAACAAGUUUGAUCAAGUAACGAUUUUCUUGCAUUUCUUGUGGGCUGGACCACUGCAAGCUAUAGCAGUAACAGUACUUCUCUGGGUGAAAAUAGGCCCUUCAUGUCUUGCAGGAAUGGCAGUUCUGAUUAUUCUUCUUCCUGUGCAGACCUGCAUUGGGAGGCUUUUUUCUUCCCUCAGAAGCAAGACAGCUGCCUUAACAGAUGUCAGGAUUAGGACCAUGAAUGAAGUGAUAAGCGGUAUGAAGAUAAUAAAGAUGUACGCUUGGGAAAAAUCAUUUGCAGAACUUGUGAAUGGUUUAAGAAGGAAGGAGAUUGCCAUGGUUAUGAAAAGCUCCUACCUUCGAGGACUGAACUUGGCCUCGUUCUUUGUGGCAAGCAAAAUAACAGUGUUCAUGACUUUCAUGGCAUAUGUACUACUUGGCAACACGAUGUCUGCGAGCAAGGUGUUUGUGGCAGUGUCCCUGUACGGAGCAGUGAGACUCACAGUGACCCUGUUCUUCCCCUCGGCCGUGGAGAGAGUGUCCGAGUCGCUGAUCAGCAUCCGGCGAAUCAAAAACUUUCUGAUGCUUGAUGAGGUCUCCCACUUCAAGCCACAACUGCAUGGCAGUAAUGAAAAUGUCAUUCUUCAUGUUCAGGAUUUGACUUGCUACUGGGAUAAGAGUUUAGAAACCCCAGCACUUCAAAAUAUUUCGUUUACUGUCAGACGAGGGGAGUUACUGGCUGUGAUUGGUCCUGUAGGAGCUGGAAAAUCUUCACUCUUAAGUGCUGUGCUUGGUGAACUACCUAAAGACAAAGGUGUGAUAAAUGUUACUGGAAGAAUUGCCUAUGUUUCUCAGCAGCCUUGGGUGUUUUCUGGCACUGUAAGAAGUAAUAUACUGUUUGACAAGGAAUAUGAGAAAGAAAAAUAUGAAAAUGUUUUAAAAGUCUGUGCUCUUAAAAAGGACUUGGAAUUGUUGGCAAAUGGUGACUUAACAGUAAUAGGAGAUCGUGGAGCUACUCUGAGUGGGGGACAGAAGGCCCGUGUAAAUCUGGCCAGAGCCGUGUAUCAGGAUGCAGACAUCUAUCUUUUGGAUGAUCCACUGAGUGCAGUAGAUGCUGAAGUUGGAAGACAUUUGUUUGAAAAAUGUAUUUGUGAGGCCUUACAUCAGAAGAUUUGUGUUUUGGUCACUCACCAGCUACAAUAUCUCCGUGCUGCAAAUCAGAUUCUAAUUUUAAAGGAUGGUAAAAUGGUGGGGAAAGGUACCUAUGCAGAGUUCCUGAGAUCUGGCAUCGACUUUGCUUCCCUUUUGAAAAAAGAUGAGGAGGUGGUAGAACAGCAGUCAGUUCCAGGAACCCCCAACCUGAAGUCUGCCCGGAACCGAACCUUCUCGGAGUCCUCUGUCUUGUCCCAGGAUUCGUCCAUCCACUCACAGAAAGAUGGAGCUGUGGAACAACCACCUGGUGAAAAUGCACUGGCUGCAGUGCCAGAGGAGAGUCGCAAUGAAGGAAAAAUAAACUUUAAACUUUACAGAAAAUACUUCAGUGCAGGAGCAAACUACUUUGUGAUUUUUAUACUCUUAGUAUUUAAUAUUUUGGCACAGGUGGCCUAUGUGCUCCAGGACUGGUGGCUUUCUUACUGGGCAAAUCAUCAACAAAAGUUGAAUCUCACAAGAAAUGGAAAUAAUGGAACAUAUAAGAAUGAACACCUAGACCUUAACUUUUAUUUGGGAAUUUAUGCAGGUUUAACAGUGGCUACAAUACUAUUUGGCAUAAUAAGAAGUCUUCUGAUGUUUCAAGUUCUUGUCAAUUCUGGUCAGAAUUUGCACAACAGAAUGUUUCAAUCCAUUUUGAAAGCUCCUGUUUUGUUUUUUGACAGAAAUCCUAUAGGAAGAAUCUUAAAUCGUUUCUCCAAAGACAUUGGCCACUUGGAUGACUUGCUUCCGUUGACGUUCUUGGACUUCAUGCAGACUCUCCUACAGAUUUUUGGUGUGGUGGCUGUGGCUGUGGCAGUGAUUCCUUGGAUACUCAUCCCCUUAAUUCCACUAUUUAUUCUUUUCAUUUUUCUUCGACGGUAUUUCUUAGACACUUCAAGAGAUAUUAAACGUCUAGAAUCCACAACUCGAAGUCCAGUGUUCUCCCACUUGUCGUCAUCCCUCCAGGGGCUUUGGACUAUUCGGGCUUUGAAAGCAGAGGAAAGAUUUCAAAAAUUAUUUGAUGCACACCAAGACCUCCACUCAGAGGCCUGGUUUCUCUUCCUGACGACCUCAAGGUGGUUUGCUGUGCGUCUGGAUGCCAUCUGUGCCGUUUUUGUUAUAGUGGUUGCUUUUGGUUCCCUGCUCCUCGCCAAGACUCUGAAUGCGGGGCAGGUUGGUUUGGCGCUCUCCUAUGCAAUCACCCUCAUGGGAACAUUCCAGUGGGGUGUCAGACAAAGUGCUGAAGUUGAAAACCUGAUGAUAUCAGUGGAAAGAGUGAUGGAGUACACAGAACUUGAAAAAGAAGCUCCUUGGGAGACCAACAAACAUCCACCACCGGAAUGGCCUAAUCAAGGAAUGAUAGCAUUUGAGAAUGUUAACUUCACUUAUAGUCUAGAUGGACCAUUGGUUUUAAGACAUUUAUCUGUUUUAAUUAAACCAAAAGAAAAGGUUGGAAUAGUGGGAAGAACUGGAGCUGGGAAGAGCUCUCUGAUAGCAGCCCUCUUUCGCUUGGCAGAACCUGAAGGAAGGAUUUGGAUUGAUAAGUACUUGACUUCAGAGCUGGGACUCCAUGACCUGCGGAAGAAAAUCUCAAUUAUACCUCAAGAGCCUGUUUUAUUCACUGGAACUAUGAGGAAAAACUUGGAUCCUUUCAAUGAAUACACCGAUGAAGAGCUGUGGAAUGCCUUGGAAGAGGUGCAACUGAAGGAGGUUGUGGAAGAUCUACCCGACAAAAUGGAGACACAGCUGGCAGAAUCUGGAUCUAAUUUUAGUGUUGGUCAGAGACAACUGGUGUGUCUUGCCAGAGCAGUUCUAAAAAAAAAUCGUAUUCUUAUCAUUGAUGAAGCAACAGCAAAUGUGGACCCAAGAACAGAUGAGUUCAUUCAAAAGACGAUCCGUGAAACCUUUGCUCACUGCACAGUGCUGACCAUUGCACACCGCUUGAACACCAUUAUUGACAGUGAUAGGAUUAUGGUUUUAGAUGCGGGAAGACUGAAAGAAUAUGGUGAGCCUUACAUUUUGCUGCAAGAACAAGACAGCUUGUUUUACAAAAUGGUGCAACAAGUGGGCAAGGCUGAAGCAGCUUCUCUGAUUGAAACAGCAAAACGGGAAGGGAAGAGAUCCAGGAACCAGUCUCUGCUGAAAUGUGGUUUGAUGAAAAAGUUUGCUAACUCCCAGGCUAGAAGGCAGAUACAAGCUUUAGCAUCUGCCAAGAAUGCAAAGCAUGGUGUACUUCAGUAAGAAUUACCCAGAAGUUGUUCAGAAUGGUCAGCUUGCCACAGACUCCUCCUUGGAUCCUUCCUCAGGAUUAUGCAUAACUGAAACUGC